CGGCAGAUAUCAUUCAAUCACACCUGGAUACUGUCAAGUACUUUCUUUCUCUGCCGGCAGACUGAAAAUUCCAGUUGAAAUGAGUGAGAAUGUGUCACCACCAGCUCCUCGCCGCCGUCGCCGGGGCAUGCCUCGGAGUGUGGCGGCAUGCCAGCGCUGCCGUCGACGAAAGCAAAAGUGUGAUGGUAUAGUGCCAACAUGUGGCCCAUGUGCAGCCGUCUCAGCGACUUGUAUCAUGUCAGGAAGACUGAUGAUUCAACAAACAAAUCUCAGUGCCGAAUGUGUUUCCUUACGGUCUCAACUCGCUGCUGCCGAACAGCGAGGCAAGGAAUUAUAUAACAAGUGCCAUCAGCUCGAAACAAAAAUUUCCAAUAUAUUGGUUUCGUCUCGGCCUGUCAUAUCGGGUAUAUCAAGUCCGGGGGGUUCGUUGGUGGCCCAGACGGUCUCCGAAACUAUCAGCCAGUCUGACCAAGUGAGAAGCAACCCUGAUAAUCGAUUAACCAGUCGGAUUCUGACACCAACAUUUUCAAUAAAAUCUAAUCUCAGAGGUGUGCACCGCGGUGCCAUGAGCAGUGCAUGGGAAUUAUGGGGAGACGACACAGAUACAGAGGUGCCUGAGGUGAGCGCGUCAGACCUCAAUAGUGAUGCGUACUUCACCCUGGCCAACGAAUUUUUCGACAGGCGUUGGCCAUAUCUUCCCAUUCUUCACAGAAAAAGCUUUUUCGAUAAUCACUUGACUCCUUUCCUCACCAAGUCUGAUAUGAAGCCCUUGUCGAACUUCCUGGUCAACAUCGUCUGUGCCAUCGCCUCCACCGAAAAACCAGCCCGGAGUUCAAGUCAGAUUGGCUACAGGGUCCUUUUCAGAGAAGCAGUGAAAGACCUCCAUCUUGUUAUGAGCUCCGAAAACUUCGACUGCAUCCAAUGCCUUCUUCUCUUGUGUAUGUACGGUCACAACGAGCCUCAGUCAGUCAAUAUGUGGUAUACGACUGGACUCUCAUUGAAUUUAGCCAUCAGUAUCGACCUUCAUCGCAAGGAGAGUAUCUCUGAGUUGAACAUAAAGGAGGCAGAAAUGUGCAAACGUGUCUUUUGGAGUGCGUAUGUGAUGGGUUGCAGUGUGGCAAUCAACAUGGCCCGGCCAUUAGGAAUACGCGAGUCGGAUAUCAGCAUGCCCUUGCCCCUGCAGAUGACGGAUACGCAGCUAGAUGAAUCCAUCCAAAGCCCCUACGUUGAGCAGACAUUGAUACCAUCUGUGGCUGAUACAUCUACAUUCAUUCAUAUCAUAAAGUUGCGCCGGAUCAAUGCGGCCAUAUAUACAGUAUUCCAUUCUAUCAAAUCCACCUUAACAGAUCGUGCCGAAUUGGACCGGCUUCGCAGUGGAUACUUUAUGGAAUUGAACCAGUGGCUGACAACUGCGCCACGCUACGUGCAGACUUUGUCUACCUUCCAGUCCACCGAAUGGUUUCAAAUUGCCUUUCACCAUGCUGUGCUAUCGCUUUAUCGCCCGUCACGCGCCGUUCCAAUGCCAUCUUCAGAUGAUCUGCGACUGUGUACAGAGUCUUCUAUUGGCCUGAUCAGCUCAUACAGUGCGCUAUACGCGCGAAAUCGCAUCAAAUAUACGUUUGUCGCCAUCCACUCGCUUUUUAUGGCAGCGUUGACCAUGCUUUACUCCUUGCGAGCGUCUGCCCCUAUCAGGAGAGAACUGAGUAAAGGCGUGAUUAAAACCAACAUACUUACCUUUUUGAAUAUCUUCCGUGGUAUCUCCGAUGGCCGCAUGGUCGGCGAGAAAUGCUGUGCUAUCGUCGAACGACUCGGCGAUUCGAUUCUGUCACUAUUUGAGAAUGAAAACCAGGCAGAUGUCAAUAUCGAUAUCGAGUUCCUGACUUGGUUUGGACUUCAGAUGAACACGUCCACCUCCCAGAUGACCGACACAGGCCUAACAACCCAUCCUCAAGGGUCACCACCACAUUUUCCAGAUGUUCAAGUCGAUUUACCAUGGGUUGAUCUGUUCACUGACGGGAUUGAUAUGGGGGCGGCAGAUAUUUGGAGUACUCUAUUUUGAUAAAAUUUAUGGGUAGCCAGCAACUUUCUUUUCCGAUCUACUUUCCGCCAACGAGCUUUU